AUGAAUUUGAAUUUAAUUCAGCCAGAUAUAAGUAAAUUGCCUUUUCUCUGCGAAACGUGUGGCAAACGAUUUCCUAAAAAAGAUAACCUUACAAGGCAUGUUAAAAAUCAUUCCCCAAUUAAACCUUUUGUCUGUGACUGUUGUGGAAUGACAUUUCGUAAAAAAGGCAAUCUAAUUGCCCAUUGCACGGUUCAUAAUAAUGUGAAACCCUUUGCCUGUGAAUUAUGUGAUAAGAAAUUUCGUGUUAAAGGCCAGUUAACUAGACAUCACUUAGUUCAUACCCAAGAAAAACCAUUUAUGUGUGAAGUUUGUAAUCAGCGAUAUGCUGAUAAAUCAACUCUUAAAUCUCACUUGUUUACUCACACUGAAUUAAAACCCCACGUAUGUGAUGUAUGUCAAGAACGGUUUGCUAAACGUCGUACUCUAAGACUGCAUUAUUACUGUCACACUGGAAGGCCACACCCAUGUGAAUUUUGUGACAAAAAAUUUCAAUCAACUAGUCACUUAAAAAGACAUUUACUAACUCAUACUCGUGAAAAACCCUUUGUUUGUGAAGUAUGUGACAAAAGGUUUGCACAAAGAUGCAGUUAUAGAGCUCAUUUCUAUCGUAUGCACACCAAUGAACGUCGUCAUUAUUGUGACAUAUGCAACAAGAGUUUUACGGAGCGAGGAAAUCUGAAGAAGCAUUAUGCUGUACAUUUCAAGUAG